GGGAGUUAAACCCAGCUUUACAGUUUUUCUUAAUCUCUGUCAUAGCACAGAUAGAUGUAGAUGUAGAUAGAUAUUUGUUUUUAUUGAUGAGUGAGCAUCAAGGGUCAAUGAUCCCUAAUUCCCUGACCAUUAUUGAUCACUGUUAAAAAAACUGCUUUCAGAGUUGGAUCCCCAAAACCAUCAAAAAAAGAGUGUGCAGCACCUUUGUAGAAGAUUCUGUCAGUAAUGGUGCAUUGUGUCAGUGUGGGGCUGCGAGAAAUGACCAUGCCUCUGUGGCUCUUGGAGACUAUUUCAGCACUGCAAUUGUGAACCACUGGGAAAGCGUGCAGCACUCCUCUGAACAACCAACUGAUGCAUUUGGAGAGGUGCAAUUUGCAGGGGCCAGCAAGAGGCACAGCCAUGACACAGAUAAAGACCUGGGUGCGGGAGAUCCUCAGACAGGGACUGGUGAAAGCGUCACAAAGAACAGGUGCAUGGAUAUUAACUACAGGUCUGCGCGAAAGGCUUGGUCGGUGUGUUGGACAGGCAGUGAGAGAUCAUGCAGCUGCGGCAUCUUCAGUCUCUCUCAAUAAGGUGGUAGCGUUGGGCAUUGCUCCGUGGGGCGUAGUGGAAAAACGAGAGCAGCUGGUCAACCCUCAGGGAAGCUUUCCUGCAAGGUACUAUGUCCAAAACAUAUCACAGGACUCCUGCUCACUGGACAACAACUACCAGGCCUUCCUGCUGGUGGAUGAUGGGAGUGUGGGCCGCAGAGGAGGAGAGAUGGGUUUCAGAGCCAGACUGGAGGAAUACAUUUCCCACCAGCGCACAGGCAUAUUAGGAAGUGGCAGCAUUGACAUUCCUGUUGUUUGUAUGCUGAUAUCAGGGGAUGCAGACAUGCUAAAGAGAAUGGAUCUCUCUCUGAAAAACUCCAUCCCCUGGCUGGUUCUGGCUGGCUCAGGAGGCUUGGCUGAUUUCCUGAGUGAUGUCUUGGAGAACCUGUCUUCAGCUCCAGCUGUGCCGUCCUCUGGUGAAGGCAACAGUGAGGCGGGUCCCAGCGUGGAUCUUAAAGACAGAGUGGCAGAACGGUUUAAGAAGCAUUUUCCUUUGGAAGUACAAACCGACAAACUAGUUGAACAGGCUUUUAGAAUUUACCAGAAUAGAGGUUUGAUUACGGUGUACCACGGAGAGCAUGAGAGUCCAAAUGACUUUGACACUGUCCUGCUUAAAACACUUGUGGGAGCAAGUAAGCAGCGCGCAUUAGUUGAGGCAAACCCUUAUAGUGAUGAGCUGAAGUUAGCAGUAACGUGGAAUAGGGUUGACAUUGCCAAGAGUGAACUCUUCAAUGGCGACAUCCAGUGGAAGUACGAAGAUUUGGAAGACUCAAUGACAGAUGCGCUGAUCAAUGACAAGCCCCAGUUUGUUCGGCUUUUCACUGAAAAUGGUUUGAACAUUGUGGACUACUUAACCUAUGGAAAGCUGGAAAGCCUCUAUCGCUCUGUGCCAGAUGGGACCUUGCUCUAUCAGCUACUACAGCACUGCCUAGAGGAACGGCUGGGAAAUAUGGCAUCUUCACAACCAUCAUCAGAACAACAGAGUUCAUCCUCAAAAGUGGCAGCAGAUAACAAUCAGAGCAGACCAAGGAGGGAGUUUACCCUGUUUGAGGUGUCAGGGGUCCUGAAACACUUAAUGGGUGAUGCCUGCCAGCCUUUCUACUAUAAAGCUUUAGGCUUACAGUCAUCUUCAUUCAAAAGGACAGCCAUGAAGCGUGCCACUAAGGUUCUGCAUGGAGGUUCCAAAUAUCACCAGCAGCGUUGCCCCCAUCCCUGGGCUUCACUCUUCCUCUGGGCUGUACUGCAGAACCGCAGUCAGAUGGCCCUUUUCUUCUGGGAGAUGGUAUAGGCUCUGAGACAAACUUCAAGAAGUAUUUUACUUGGGGGGGGGAGAUAAUUUUUGAGCCCCCUGCUGAAGUUGUAAAUUUGCUCACUUCCCAAAAAAAUUAACACUCUUUACUUUUUAGGGUGCCGCAUUUUUGGGCUAAAAGGCGCACUUACAAUCCCUUAAUUUUCUCAAAAAUCGAUAGUGUGCCCUGUAAUCCACUGCGCCUUAUGUAUG